GUGAGCGCAAUGAGAGAAACGAGCGCCACGGGCAUGGCACGGCUGUUCUCCCCAACAAGGAUGUCUAUGAGGGCAACUAUCUGUACGGCAAGCGGGACGGGUACGGCGUCUACAGGUUCCGUAACAAGCUGGCAAAGAAUGCUCGCUAUUUGGGCGAGUAUUCACAAGGCAAGAAACAAGGAUUUGGGAAAUUCAUCUACCCGGAUGGGUCCAAGUACGAAGGAUUCUGGGUAAACGACCUCAAAGAUGGCACCGGCAAGUACUACUACACAAAUGGCGAUAUUUACGAGGGAGACUGGAGCAAAGGCUUGCGGCACGGCAAGGGGACAUAUUACUUCCACAAAGACAAGACCAAAUAUGUCGGAGCCUGGAGAAAAGGUAAAUGGGAAGGAUUUGGGGAAUUCCAUUACGCCAACUUCAAGUACUGUGGCCGCUUCCGCGACAACAAGAUGUACGGUUUUGGAAAGUACGUCUUUGACGUGGCCUGCGAACUACACGGCAAAUAUGUCCCCGACAAUCGAGAGGAAACUGGCGAAGAGGUCAUACAAAUGAUCGACAUUGAACAGGAAGUCGACCUGGUGGUUGCUGCUGAAGUAGGUCAGUCCGCCGAGGGCCAACCUCUGCCUUUAGUCGACAAGGACGGGGCAAUUUUUGAGGAGCCACUUCUGCGAAUGCCUGCAUCACCACCGCCAAUUGGACCAACCCACUUUGUUGCCGGCCUGGUGACUGGGCUGCAUGUGAACACACCCGAAGAGGAGGAGGAGGCGCGGUUGGUGGAAGAGCUGAACGCUUUGAGGAAAAAAGUCGAAGCUCAGAUUCAAGCCAGAAAGGAGGCGGAGCAGAAGAGAGCUGAGGCCGAAGCGGCCCGGUGGGCCCGCGAAGAGGCUGAGAGAGUCACACAGGAGAUCAUGGCCGAGGGCGGGGAGCUUCCCGAGGAUGUGGGCUCGGCGGAAGGUCAGCCGGAGGAGACCGUGUCGGCCGAGGGUGAACAAUAUGAAGAGCCGGCCCCAGAGGAGGAAACCGGAGGAGAAGCGGAGCAGAACGAAGAAACUUAG